GUAAUAAUGUAAUUUUAGCUCAUUUUCAAGAAAUGAAUAAUAGACUAUUUUCUUGUUACACUAUUUUUAGUAUAACUUUUUGGUAAAUUUAAUAUAAUUUAGUUCUUGUACAAAAAUAUUAGCCCCACUUAUAAUUUAUGUCUUGAUUCAACCCUGAUUGCAUCCAUGCUGAUGUUUCAUUUCAAACUCUAACUAGAUUAGUAGGUAGUAACCAAUAUUCAAAUUAAGUUGAACUAAAAAAUCCAAACCAAACAGUCAAACUCAAGCCAAAACUAUCAUUCCCCAUCACUACUUUCCUUUUGUAUCCUCUCAUACACACAACACACCAAAACAAUUUCCAGAGCCAGUUUCUUCCUUUUAACUUGCUCAAUCGUUAAAUAAUAACAAUAUGUACAACAAGCAACAAAGUUACUUUGCCUAGCAGAAGUGAAUCCAUACAUGGCAUUGAUAGUAGAGUGGUACGACUUUGUGUGUUUUGGCAUUGUUGGAGUGUCCAUCCUAGUUGCCUUAUGGGUGCUGUGGAUUAACGAAGGGCCCUCGGCCUCUCACAGCGAUUUCGACAUCUUGGUUGACAGCCUUCUAGUGACUCCACCUUCACAGGACAAUAGAGUGGCCACAGGUCAUGUGAGCAACUCUCAGCUAUGGACAAGCUGUUGGCGAGGAGUUCAUCCUCUUGUGCUGUUGGUUACGCGUUUUUCCUCCCUUGUCAUCUUGGCCGUGUUAUUAUCAUUGGAUAUUCAUGAAUACAAUGCAAGUAUCUUUUACUAUUAUACUGAGUGGACUUUCACAUUAGUAAUGAUAUAUUUUGCAUUGGGGACAACGGUAUCUGCAUACGGAUGUUGGAAGUUGUUCAACAAACCUCCUCCGCUUCAAAAUGGGGAACUGGCGGAGUUUCUGAGAAGAGAUUUGGACACCAAAAGUUCUAUCAGGUUGCAAAGUCGAUAUGUUGAAGAGGACUUUAAACCAAUAGCAGGUUUCUUAGGUUACCUCAUGCAAAUUACCUAUCAGACUAGUGCAGGGGCAGUCAUCUUAACAGACAUUGUCUUUUGGUGCGUUAUUGUCCCAUUCUUAUCGAUUGCUCAUUUUAAGCUAAACAUGUUGAUGGGUUGCAUGCAUACUUUGAACGCGUUUUUCCUUCUUUUCGAUACACUGCUGAACAAUCUUUCCUUUCCGUGGUUCAGAAUUGCGUAUUUUGUGCUAUGGAGCUGCUCAUAUGUUAUUUUCCAAUGGGUUAUUCACGCCUGCGGUUUAAAAUGGUGGCCGUACCCAUUUCUCGAGCUUAAUAUCCCAUAUGCCCCCUUAUGGUAUAUCUGCAUGGCGCUCGUUCACAUACCCUGCUAUGGCUUGUAUUCAUUGAUUGUCAAAGCAAAAAUCAAUAUUCUUCCGAGAUUGUUCCCUCGUGCAUUCUUGAGUUCAUACUAGUUUGGUUGUCGCUAUAGUUUUAAAUCGUGGUUACACUUAGGCUGAACACUUUUAUAUUGCGGUUAAAUGGUCACCAUUGUAGUUGUGUUACCUUUGCAGAAACAUAUAGCUAAAACUGUUGUAUUCUUGUUGCAAUCGCAGUUGAAGACCGCAAUCUUAAACUAUUGUCAGCAUUUUGAAAUAGUAGAAAAUUAUAAAUGGCUUGUUCACAUCUA